AUGGAUUCUUCAUUGGAUUGUAACAGACGAGCCUAUAGUCAUAGAGUAACACAAACUGAUUCCGAAGGGAGAAUUUGUUGGGAUACAAUUACUGUCGUUUCCUGUUGGGGAAGAUGCGAUUCUAACGAGAUUUCGGAUUGGAGAUUUCCAUAUAAACGUUCUCAUCAUCCGGUUUGCAUUCAUGGCGAAAGAAAACCUAAAACGGUUAUUUUAUCAAAUUGUGAUAAUGAUGUUGAACCAGGUACGGAAAUUCACGAAUUUAUGGAAGCAAUUUCUUGCGAAUGUUCGCUAUGUAAAUCAUCCGAAGCCAAUUGUCAGGGUGUUCGUUAUAAGGGAGAUGUUAAAAAAGGUGUUGACACUUACCACCGACGUUAA